GCCUACCCUUUGAAGCAUUUUAAAAGGUUCCGAACGCAUAGCGAGGCGCACGUUACAGCGACUUUACUGCCGCAUUCACUUCUCAUUUAUUCCAGUCGCUCAUAAGCCGGACUUUUAUCCACCGCGGUUCAUCUGUGGCAACAGCAGCUCAUGCACGAUAGUCUUUUGAUACCCCACAUAGUUUUUGCUUUACUCGGCCACAUAUCUUGGGGCGUUCGUUGGAGUUUAUGGCCGUCUCACCAUCAGAAGGUUCUUAUCCACUGCUGGGAUGGCGGAACCAUCUUUCCGACUCCGUGUGCUUUUUUUUUUGUAUGGUGUGGUGCUCAGGGUCAGCAACGGGUGCGGCGCAGGCAUUGUAUAUAAGCCAGAUUUAGCAUAUCACCCUGAACAUAUCUCAAAACCACGUAUCUA